CAUGACGAAAGCGCCAUAAAAUUGGCUGGCAAUUAUAUUUACUGGCAAGUAAAUCGGACAACCUUCUGCUGUCGCCGGCCGCCUCGAUUGCCGGCAAUGAGCGCUCGCCUUCUCAAGUCCUCUACGGGCCGCGCUCCGCGAUCGCUCUACGGGUAGACCGCGGUAGCAGACGACUCAACGAUCACGGCGAGCCUUCAUUGCGGCUCGUCGCUAGCGACCGAACUGCUCCGAGUCAGCCCAAAGCACGUGGCCACUAGGAGAUCCACAAUCAAACACACUUGUGCCCCGUCUUCAGCACUUCAAGCACAACCGUGUGGGAACUCAACUGCACACGGCAUUCAUAUCGCGAUUUAGACAUCGAUAACUAUCGAAAGUUGCGAGUCGGUAGUCAUACCUCCACUUGCAGCUCUGUUCAUACAUAUUAUUUUUGAAAGUAAACAAUAGCGAGCCACGCGGAGGGAAAAUAAUAACUCGAAAAUGGAUAACGAACUGCAGUUUAUCCGGAUAGUUUACACAGUCCUCCAUACAUACAAUACCUGGGUGAAGUACAGUGAUAAUCAUCGGCAGAAAUUUCAAGAGGAAAAACUUAUGCUGCUAAAAAGACAACAGAUGUGUCGAGCCCUCUUAACACUUUUAUUGAAGCGUCGCAGACGUAGGGCAGUCUUCAAAUCGUGUUGGAUUGAGCGUGAAUUAUAUCUAGACAACCACGGAAAAUUUUGAGAAUUAUGUGUCCCUGGCUACACAGGUAAAAACGCACUAUUAACUCUGGAGCAGGUUAUCAGCUCGAUUGUUGACCCCUCUCUGAGCUGAUAACUGGGUCCAGAAUUAAUAUUAUGAACUGAGAAGAAUCUUUCCAAAGAUUUCUUUAUCAUUAAAUUUGUCAUUCUCACAGAUCAGCACUUCCAAAAAAAAUUCCGACUCUCUAGAACAACGUUCCGAUACUUGUGUGACGAAUUAACUCCUGUUGUAUUAACUGUUUUGAAAGGAAACAUUGAUUACUGGAGCGUUGCUGAUUUAUUCGGAAUUGGGAAAAGUACUGUUGGACAUUUGCUUCACCAAUUCUGCGAUGCAGUACUGGAUAGGUUUCAUCAAGGGUUGGUUAGAUUUCCAACUACAGAAAAAGAAAGAAUUGCAGUGUCAGAAGGCUUCAUGCUGAAAUGGCAGUUUCCGGAUUGUUUUGGGGCUAUGGAUGGGACGCACAUUCCAAUUCUUGCACCACCGGAAUCGACAGAAGACUACCUCAAUUGUAUGCUAAUGUUGGAGCUCCAGGGCGCUGUACCGACGCAUCCAUUUUUCGCAGAAGCAGAUUAUUCACACAGUUCUCGGGUGCUCAAAAUGAGCAGCCUCAAUUGAAGACUAACUUACACAUCAUAUCAGAUGCAGCAUUCCCUCUUUUACCGUGGAUAAUGAAACCCUUCCCCAUUACAAUUGAUAUGGCUUUGGCACAAAGAAUUUUCAACUACAGGCUGAGUAGUGCUCGAAUGACUGUGGAGAAUUCGUUUGGCCGUUUGAAAGGACCCUGGAGGAUUAUUUUGAAAAGGGCAGACCUGACGCUUGAUAACAUGAAGAAGGUCGUCAAAACUUGUCUAAUUCUUCAUAAUCUUUGUGAAAAAGCGGGUGACAUUUUUUAUCCAAAGUGGACUGCAAAAGGGCAAUACCUCGAAGAAAAAUAUGGUAAAAUUCCUAGUGUGCCCAUCCCAGACAGACGAGCACCAGUAAUCGCCAAAAUCAAACAAGAUAUGCUAGCUGAAAGACUCAUGAACGAUGGUGUGUCUAUCGAUAGUUUAGACUGAAUGGCCAGCUCAAAUGAAUGAAUGAAUUAUCUGUGAGUUGUAAUAAAAUAUGUAUUGUAUUUAAAAAAAUGUGAUUCGUUCAACAAUGUAUUUAUAUUUAUAAUAAAAUCAACUUAUAUUAACUCAGACUUUCUUUUUCUUUAUUUUAGGUAUCACAACUUUAGUGUAGUUCAGUUCUGUUUGGCAUAUUAAACUAUGCUGUAAUAAAAUAUAGUAUCUUUUCAUAAAAAUGUAACUUAUAAGAAAUUAGAAUUUCAGUUCGGUUAACCUACACCUGUUGAGGCUGCCUUUCACUGACUAGGUGUUGUGUGGGACUUAUGAUAUGUUCAAUCUGUAGGUAUUUUUUACUCUUUUUUACAUAUCAAAAUAUUGCUUGAUUUAAUGCGUUGGGAAAAGUGAAUAGGUGAUGUACCUGUUGGCUUCGUAGAGAUGUUUGAUUCUGAGUAUUCAGAUUUAUUGAUAUUAACAUAUGGUUGCUCCACACGUUCGUACGAUAUAAUACGUGGUUUCCUAUCCUUCUCAGAUAUCUUUGGAAUUUUAGAAUUUAUUUCAGACUGAAUAAACUGGUAAACUGGAUCAGUGCUUGUCUCUUCCUCUUCAGCUGUUUGUGCUUGGUGAGAGGGUAAUAAGUAAUCCGUAUCGUUAAAAUAUUCGAGGUAAGACUCACAUUCUUCCUGUUCAUCUACGUAUGAUGCUACAGCUAGGGGUGAGUCCAUGGCA